GGAGGGCCUCCCGCCCGGACGCGGGGCUCCCGCUAUCAUGGCUUCUCGUGGGGUCGUUGGCAUUUUCCUCUUCUCUGCUCUCCCCCUCUUGUGUGUAGAGCUCCGGCGUGGGAUCCCGGAUCUAGGAGUUAAAGAUCUAAUUUUGCUGUGUGGCCGGAUUUUCUUACUACUUGCUCUUCUUACUUUAAUUAUUUCUGUGACUACCUCAUGGCUUAAUUCAUUUAAAUCUUCCCAAGUGUAUCUGAAAGAAGAAGAAGAGAAGAAUGAAAAAAGGCAAAAACUUGUCAGGAAAAAACAACAAGAGGCACAGGGUGAAAAGGUCAGCAGAUACAUAGAGAAUGUUCUAAAACCUCACCAGGAGAUGAAAUUGAGAAAACUGGAAGAGCGCUUUUAUCAGAUGACGGGUGAAACUUGGAAAUUAAGCAAUGGUCAUAAACUUGGGGGUGAUGAAGAGUUGGUGCUUGAAAAUGGGAGUCAGACAUCUUUUGAAACAUCAAACAGCAGAGAAGCAGCAAAGAGACGGAACUUGCCUAAGCCUCUAACCAAAAUUUCACCAUCUGCUGAACAGCCCACGCAGAAGGAGGUUCAUUACUGAAUGCCUACUCAUGUAAUUGUAUCAGUGUGCAGUAGGAAUAUGGUUCUCUGGGCGAGGUGGUAUACUGAGUGAAGAUUAGGACUGGCUUUUAAUCCAGAUGGUGUCUUCCCACUACCUUAUAAAGGGAUCAGCUUCAUUAAAAACCACUUUGCUAUUUGAUACUAAUAUUAAUGUUCUGAACCACACUUAGAAGGAAGCUAUGAAGAUAAAUGACAGAUUUACAAAAUACUCCGUUCUUUUGAAGAAGUAAUUUUAUUAUGUAGAAAUGAAAAAUGUUUACUAAGGGAAAUAUUCCUACAGGUAACUAAGACAUGAUUAACCCAUAU